CUUCUCCCUUUGCUUCUUUCCAUCAGUAGUGUGCCUAUAUAUAUUUAGCAUUAGCCCCAAAUAUUCAAAUCAUCAAAUCAACUAUACAGCAAUCUAAAUACCAAAGUACCAAUUCAUCACCACAAAAAAAAAAUACCUUAAACCAGCGGCUUAUUACUUUCUAGCUAAUCUCUUUAUCCAAUUUACUCUUUCACUGCCUAUAUAUUCAGCCUUAUUUAGCUUUAAUUUUCAAUCAUCAAAUAUUCAAACAAAAUCAGAGAACCAAAGAAGAAAAACAGAGAUAAAUUUUAGAAGAAAAAUCAAUCAGAAUGAGUUCAAGCAGGAGAGCAUGGAUAGUAGCAGCUAGUGUUGGAGCAGUAGAAGCUUUAAAAGAUCAAGUUGGAUUGUGUAGAUGGGAUUAUCCAUUGAAGUGUUUGGCACAACACACAAAGAAUAACAUGAGAUCUUACUCUCAAGCUAAAAAACUUUCAUCUUCACUAAUUGCAAAGUGUGAAAAGACAGAGCAAUCUGAAGAAUCUCUGAGAAAAGUUAUGUAUUUGAGCUGUUGGGGUCCAAAUUGAACAUUUUAGAAUAGUGAUAAAUGAGACAGAAAAAAAAGUGUAAAUAGGACAAAGAUGUACUAGUUGAAGGGCAUGUCAUUUUAAUGAUAAGCAUGUAUCUGUAAUUUUAUGUGACACAAUAUGAAAUAGAGUUGAUAUUUUGGUGAAAUUGAUA